CCUCGCGAGAUUUCUCGAGAGUGGAGGAGUUGUCUUUCCCUUCCAACCUUGGCAAAAUUUGAGUGUCUGUAAAAGUUGGGAGAAAGAACACAAUGAAGGGAAUGCGUGUACUGCGACGAGGUUUCUCCACCUCGGCCAUCAGGAGAGAUGUGCAGGAUAUGGAACCCAGAUUCCUGGUCCCCAAAAGUAAACCAGGCAGCCCAUUUAGCUAUGAGAACCUGGUAGUCAAAAGGAUGAAAUACUAUUUGAAACCACCAACUGAUUACACUCAUAACAGGAGCCCCUUUGGCAAACAGUACACCCAAGUCGUCAGUGUAUUGGCUUUGGUUUAUAUGAUCUACAAUGUGUUUGAAAGAGCCUAUGUGAUGCCAAGGGCAGGGAAAUCUUAACUAGAACAGUUAUUAUUUUUUAAUAUAAGUGUUGCUAUAAAUAUCAGUUGUGAAUUUAGUCACAAUAAAUCUUUGAAGAAUUU